AGCGCGCCGGGUGCAGGGAGCUGAGUGGACGGCUCGAGACGGCGGCGCGUGCAGUAGCUCCAGAAAGCAGCGAGUUGGCAGAGCAGGGCUGCAUUUCCAGCAGGAGCUGCGAGCACAGUGCUGGCUCACAACAAGAUGCUUAAGGUGUCAGCCGUACUGUGUGUGUGUGCAGCCGCUUGGUGCAGUCAGUCUCUCGCAGCUGCCGCGGCGGUGGCUGCAGCCGUGGGGCGGUCGGACGGCGGUAAUUUUCUGGAUGAUAAACAAUGGCUCACCACAAUCUCUCAGUAUGACAAGGAAGUCGGACAGUGGAACAAAUUCCGAGACGAUGAUGAUUUCCGCACUUGGAGUCCAGGAAAACCCUUUGAUCAGGCUUUAGAUCCAGCUAAGGAUCCAUGCUUAAAGAUGAAAUGUAGUCGCCAUAAAGUAUGCAUUGCUCAAGAUUAUCAGACUGCAGUCUGCAUUAGUCACCGGAGGCUUACACACAGGAUGAAAGAAGCAGGAGUAGACCAUAGGCAGUGGAGGGGUCCCAUAUUAUCCACCUGCAAGCAGUGCCCAGUGGUCUAUCCCAGCCCUGUGUGUGGUUCAGAUGGUCAUACCUACUCUUUUCAGUGCAAACUAGAAUAUCAGGCAUGUGUUUUAGGAAAACAGAUCUCAGUCAAAUGUGAAGGACAUUGCCCAUGUCCUUCAGAUAAGCCCACCAGUACAAGCAGAAAUGUUAAGAGAGCAUGCAGUGACCUGGAGUUCAGGGAAGUGGCAAACAGAUUGCGGGACUGGUUCAAGGCCCUUCAUGAAAGUGGAAGUCAAAACAAGAAGACAAAAACAUUGCUGAGGCCUGAGAGAAGCAGAUUUGAUACCAGCAUCUUGCCAAUUUGCAAGGACUCACUUGGCUGGAUGUUUAACAGACUUGAUACAAACUAUGACCUGCUAUUGGACCAGUCAGAGCUCAGAAGCAUUUACCUUGAUAAGAAUGAACAGUGUACCAAGGCAUUCUUCAAUUCUUGUGACACAUACAAGGACAGUUUAAUAUCUAACAAUGAAUGGUGCUACUGCUUCCAGAGACAGCAAGACCCACCUUGCCAGACGGAGCUCAGCAAUAUUCAGAAGCGGCAAGGGGUAAAGAAGCUCCUAGGACAGUAUAUCCCCCUGUGUGAUGAAGAUGGUUACUACAAGCCAACGCAAUGUCAUGGCAGUGUUGGACAGUGCUGGUGUGUUGACAGAUAUGGAAAUGAAGUCAUGGGAUCCAGAAUAAAUGGUGUUGCAGAUUGUGCUAUAGAUUUUGAGAUCUCCGGAGAUUUUGCUAGUGGAGAUUUCCAUGAAUGGACUGAUGAUGAGGAUGAUGAAGACGAUAUUAUGAAUGAUGAAGAUGAAAUUGAAGAUGAUGAUGAAGAUGAAGGGGAUGAUGAUGAUGGUGGUGAUGACCAUGAUGGAUACAUUUGAUUGAGGAAAGUUAAAAUCAAUAAAUUCUACAUUUCUAAUAUUUACAAAAAUGAUAGCCUAUUGAAAAUUAUCUUCUUCCCCAAUAACAAAAUAAUUCUAAACCUCACAUAUAUUUUGUAUAAUUAUUUGAAAAAUUGCAGCUAAAGUUAUAGAACUUUAUGUUUAAAUAAGAAUCAUUUGCUUUGAGUUUUUAUAUUCCUUACACAAAAAGAAAAUACAUAUGCAGUCUAGUCAGACAAAAUAAAGUUUUGAAGUGCUACUAAAAUAAAUUUUUCAUGAGAACAAACUUUGUAAAUCUUCCAUAAGCAAAAUGACAGCUAGUGCUUGGGAUCGUACGUGUUAAUUUUUUGAAAGAUAAUUCUAAGUGAAAUUUAAAAUAAAUACAUUUUUAAUGACCUGGGUCCUAAGGAUUUAAGAAAAAUACGCAUGCUUUAAUUGCAUUUCCAAAGUAGCAUCUUGCUAGACCUAGAUGAGUCAGGAUAACAGAGAGAUACCACAUGGCAAGAAAAACAAAGUGACAAUUGUAGAGUCUUCCAUUGUGUUUACAUUAAUAGUGGUGUUUUUAACUAUGAAAUUAUUCUGGAUCUAAUAGGACAUUUUACAAAAUGGCAAGCAUGGAAAACCAUGGAUUCUGAAAGUUAAAAAUUUAGUUGUUCUCUCCAAUGUGUAUUUUAAUUUGGAUGGCAGUCUCAUGCAGAUUUUUUAAAAGAUUCUUUAAUAACAUGAUUUGUUUGCCUUUCUGGAUUUCUUUAUCUUUCUGGCCAGCAACUUAAGGAGCAGAAUUUAAAUUAGGAAGACAAAGGGAAAGAUUCAUUUAAACCAUAUUUUUACAAAGUUUGUCAUUUGCCCCAAGGUCAAAUUUUAAAUUCUUAAUUUUCAUUUUAUUUCCGAUUUUAGGUAAAAAUUUGCAUUUAAUCUUAGAAUUAUGUUAUUUUUGUUAGUAGUGCCGAAACUUAGAGAACGUAUUGUAUGGUGCCUUGCAAAAAUAGAGAUAGAAAGAUUUUAGCAUGCAUACCAAUAUAGUAUAUUAUGCAAUAUAUAAGCACACCUAAUUAACAGAUUAAUAUCAGUAAAGGUAUUGCUGCUGGAAUGAAGAAAAUGGGAUACGUUUCUUUUUUUCUAUUGUUACAUAAUUGCCAUGUGGACUUGUUUAUGAUUAUUGUGUAGAGUAGCAUUUAAGAUUUAACUGUAGCAAAAAUUACUUUAACCGCUGUAUUUAAGUUAGCAUGUUAAUUAAUUGUGUAGACAUUUUGGCACACCAUCACUUUUAACUAUAUCAUACCAAUGGUUUUGUGCCCAUAAUAAAAAUGGAAAAACCUGUUGAAUGUUACAUAUUGGUAUCUUUAAUUUCAACAGUGGGUAAACUGGUUUCCCAGUAUACAAUUCAUUGAAAGCAAAAUUGGUUAAUUAUUUCCAUUUAAUUUAUACACACUCAAUACAAACUUUAAUGUUGACUUUAUGUAAUAAAGUAUAAUGCAUUUUCUUUUUUACUGUUUAUGUAUAGUUUACAAAAUAAAGAAUCUUGUAACCAAA